CUUUUGAAAAUAGAAGAAAAAAUAGCGAAUCCCUAAUUUCGAAUUUCCCCUUCUGAUUGAAUCGAAGCCAUGUCGCACUUCGGCAGAUCUGGGCCGCCGGACAUCCGAGAUACCUUCUCCCUUCUCGUCCUCAAUAUCACUUUUCGUACUACGGCGGAUGAUUUGUUUCCACUCUUUGAUAAGUAUGGCAAAGUCGUGGAUGUGUUCAUACCCAGGGACCGGAGAACGGGGGACUCGAAGGGCUUUGCAUUUGUACGAUAUAAAUAUCAAGAUGAAGCUCAGAAGGCUGUUGAGAAGCUAGAUGGAAGAGUUGUUGAU